UUUGAAUUUAAAUUGAAUUGACUUGAAUAGAUCAAUUUAAUCGUCUGUCCAUGAUGUUCUGUAUCAAUUCCCUCGAGCGGGCUUUGCAACGAGGUCCAUGCAUUGCAAUCAAGAGCACUUCCGGCACAUAUCCAUGGAUUCCAGCAAGUACAAGACAUAUAUCAUCCUCUUCCCUUCGGAGGAAUCCGUCCAGUCAGUUCACUUUUGAGCAUGCCAAUCGCCUAUCCGGCAGAAUAUGCAUGAUCACAGGCGGGACGUCCGGGAUUGGAUUCGCAAUCGCUGAAAGGUUCCUUCAAGAAGGUGCUCGAAGGGUUGUGCUUGUUGGGAGAUCGCAUAGGCGACUUCUAGAUGCAGCAGGUCGACUGGAGACUUCCGGUAUUGUCGCAAAGGAUAAUGUCGGGCAGACCAUGUUGAAGAAUGGCACUCUUAUCAUGUCCUCUGACAGGGUGAGCUUGCUGGUUGGCGAUGUUGCAGAUGCUGGAUCAUGGAUGCGUGAGCUAGAAAAGGAAAUGGAAUCCAUAGACAUCCUCGUCAAUGCCGCUGGCAUAUCCAUCUCCUCCAUCCUCCCCAAAACCAAACCAGAAGAUAUCUCGCAAACGCUCCGCGCGAAUCUCGAAGGCGCAAUCUUCACCUCGCGCGCUCUAAUGCGCGCAUUAAUCCGCAACCGUUUGAGGAACAAGAACAGCCACCAAACAACAACAAUGAAAUCUCCAUCGAAAUGCAUUAUUAACAUAUCCUCCCUACUAGCACUAAAGGCCGGAACCGGAGCCGUUCCCUACGCUGCAUCUAAAGCGGGCAUACUCGGUCUAACUUCCUCUUUAGCGGUGGAAGCUGCUAGCUCGUUGAAGGAUGUGGUCGUUCGGUCUAAUGCGAUUGUUCCUGGGUAUAUUGAAACGCCUAUGAUAGCAGAUUUCAGUGAAAGUCAGAUGGCAAGUCUCAAGGAUAAGAUCCCAGUACAUCGGUUUGGUGAUCCGCGUGAAGUCGCCGACGCGGCGGUUUUUCUGGCACAGAACGAGUAUGCAAAUAAUUGCGUCCUCAAUCUGGAUGGUGGGUUGAGUGCAGUCUAAGCAGAUUAUGCCUUCUGGCUGCCUGCCCUUUUCUUUGUAUGCAAAUGAAAAGAUGAAGCAAGAGUUCUUCGAUUAGUUCAAUGAUGUCG